CUCAAAGCUCAUGGCUGCCCUGGAACACUCCACACUCUUGGGCUUCCCUCGUUCGGAUCUGCCCUCUCUAAAGUGGAUCCACAUCAGAACUCCAGCUCACUCUGGUCACGUUUAAAGCAAGUUCAUUCAGAUCUCGUCUGUCAGUCUACGAGCGCACGUCGUGAACAAGACCUUCAAAACAGCUUUCUAGAGAAAGUGCAAACGCACUUAUAGUAAGAUGGAGCAAGAGAUAUCGAAAGUACAGCGUAAGAUGUCUGACCUGGAGUCAGUUCUCCAACAGAAGGAUGUGGAACUCAAAGCUUCAGAAACCCAGAGGACCGUCUUAGAACAAGACCUGGCCACCUACAUCACAGAGUGCAGUAGUUUGAAGCGCAGUUUGGAGCAGGCCCGUAUGGACGUUUCGCAGGAAGAUGAUAAAGCUCUUCAGCUCCUGCAUGACAUACGUGAGCAGAGCAACAAACUGCAGGAAAUCAAGGAACAGGAGUACCACGCUCAGCUGGAGGAGAUGCGGGUGUCUAUUCGUCAACUGGAGGAGAAUCUCUCCGCCGCUCGCCGCCGUAGUGACCUGUAUGAAUCUGAGCUGAAAGAGUCCCGACAGACCAGCGAGGAACUGAAGAGGAAAGCGACAGAAUAUCAACAGAAGAUUCAGAAGGCUAAAGAACAGGGCAAAUCUGAGAUGGAAGAACUCCUGUCCAAACUACAGAAGACCAAUGCAGAGCAACAAUCAAAGAUUGAAGAAUUUCAAGAGAAGCUCGGCAAGGCUGUGACGGCGAGUACAGAAGCCACUGAACUGCUGCAGAAUGUUCGUCAAUCUAAAGAACGUUUGGAGCGAGACCUGGAGCGUCUACAGACCAAAGAGGACUCCACCGACAGUCUGCGCAGACACUUACGAGAAACUGAGGAUGGAAAGAAGACUCUAGAGAACCAGGUGAAGAGGCUGGAGUUGGUGGAACGGAGAGAAACUAAACUGAAAGAAGAUAUCCAGACCAAGUCACAACAGAUCCAACAGAUGGCCGACAAAAUCAUGGAACUAGAAGAGAACUUGCGUGACACGCAGGCCACGGCGCAGCGUAUGGAAACACACCUGGAACAAAAGAAGCAGCUUUAUGAAGACAAGAUCAAGGUUUUGGAGACUCAGAUGAAGGUCGAUUUGGCUGAAAAGGAGCUGCUGGAGUCCAAACACAACACGUAUCAGGAAGAGUCCCGCAAGAGAGGCAAAGUCAUCAGUGAUCAGGCCGCGACCAUCAAUGCCAUGGAGUCCAAGAUGACCAGUCUGGAGCAGAGAAUCGCUGAGCUUUCGGAGGCCAACAAACUGGCAGCUAACAGCAGUGUUUACACACAGAAAAACAUGAAAGCUCAAGAGGAGAUGAUAUCUGAACUGAGGCAGCAGAAGUUUUAUCUGGAGUCUCAGGCCGGUAAACUGGAGGCCCAGAAUGCAAAGCUGGAGGAACAUCUGGAGAAGUUAACACAGCAGGAACAGACCAACAAGAGUAGAGUGAUGGAACUGGAGGCCAGACUCAGAGAGAUGGGUCUGGAACACGAAGAGCAGAAGCUGGAGAUCAAGCGUCAGGUUUCGGAGCUCACGCUGUCCCUGCAGGAGAGAGAAGCUCAGAUUAGCAGUCUGCAGGCAGCGCGACGCUCCCUAGAGAGUCAACUACAUCUGGCCAAGACUGAGCUGGAGGAGACGACUGCUGAGGCUGAAGAGGAGAUCACUGUACUCCGGGCCCAUCGGGAUGAAAUCCAGCGCAAGUUUGAUGCCCUGCGAGACAGCUGUGCGGUGAUCACGGAUCUAGAGGAGCAGCUGACGCAGCUGACGCAGGAGAACAGCGAGCUGAACCGGCAGAACUUCUACCUGUCUAAACAACUGGACGAGGCCACGGAUGAGAAUGAGGAGAGACUGCAUCUCAAACAGGACGUGGAUGGUCUGCGCAGAGAGGUGGCCGACCGAGAGAUGCACCUCAACAACCAGAAACAGAACAUCGAGACACUGAAGACGACGUGUACGAUGCUGGAGGAGCAGGUGCUGGAGCUGGAGACACUGAAUGAUGAGCUGCUGGAGAAAGAGAGACAGUGGGAGAGCUGGAGAACUUCUUUGGACGAGGAGAAGAAUGAGGCAGAGAGAAGAUCUCGAGACAUACAGAGACAACUGGACAGCGAAAAACAGAACAGACUCCGUGCAGAGCAGCGUAAUUCUGAGUCUCGUCAAUCCAUUGAACUGGCUGUGAAAGAACACAAAGCUGAGAUUCUGGUGCUGCAACAGGCUCUAAAAGACCAGAAACUCAAAGCCGAGGGCCUCUCUGAUACAAUGAGUGAUCUGGAGAAGAAACACGCUAUGCUGGAAAUGAACGCUCGCAGUCUGCAACAGAAGCUGGAGACAGAGAGAGAACUCAAACAAAGACUCAUGGACGAGCAAGCAAAACUACAGCAGCAGCUGGACCUUCAGAAGAGUCACAUUUUUAGACUGACACAAGGACUUCAGGACGCACUGGACCAGACUGACGUUUUGAAGACAGAGCGAACCGACCUUGAGUACCAGUUAGAAAACAUACAGGUACACCUUCAGGCAGCGUACUCUCAUGAGAAAGUCAAGAUGGAGGGGACCAUCACGCAGCAGACAAAGCUCAUCGAAUUCCUGCAGGCCAAGGUAGAGCACCCCUCUAAGAGGAAAAAGGGCAUCUUCAGCGGGCGACGGCGCGAGGAUCUGCUGGCAGCACUGGCAGCUCAGAGUCAGAUGCAGGUGCCCACUGUACCCUCUGUGACCCCGGUGCCCCUGCAGUACAGUGACCUGAAGGCAGCACUGGAAAAGGAGAGAGCCCGAUGCUCAGAGCUUGAAGACGCCCUGCAGAAAACACGCCACGAGCUCAGAGAGGGUUUUAAUAAAGCUCUGGAGCACAGUGGAGCUCCAGCCACUCCAGGUCUGUCCCGUCAGCAGCUCAUGAUGUCCACCAAAUCCACCAAAUCUCCUGAACAUCAGCCCAGCCUGAUGCCCUCCAACUCCGGCCGCAGAAAGGACGCUGGCAAUCCGGAAGAAAUAAGGAGAGUCACUUCUGAAAAAUACGCCAGACGUGUGAAGGACAGAAUCCAUCACAGCACUCCUCACCGCUUCACACAGGGGCUCAACAUGCGAGCGGCGCGCUGCACUGUCUGUCUGGACACGGUCCAUUUUGGACGGCAAGCCGCUACCUGCAUUGAAUGUCAUGCUUUGUGCCACCCGAAAUGCUCACCCUACCUGCCAGCCACCUGCGGCGUGGCCACCGAGUACGCCAUGCACCUGUCUGAGGCUCUGUGCAGAGAGAAGGGCAGCAGUCUGAAGGAUGCUGGUGGACACAUGAGACUGGAGGGAUGGCUCAAACAGCCCAGAAACGGCAAGCGUGGUCAGGGCUGGGAGAGGAAGUACGUGGUUCUGGAUGGAUGUAAAGUCAUCACAUUCGAGACAGAACCAAGAGACGAGUCAGUGAAGCCGCUGGAUGAGUUUGAGUUGUGUUUGUCUGAUGGAGAGGUGACGGUUCACUCUGCUGUUGGUACAUCUGAGGUGCCAAACACAGCCAAAUCAGAUAUACAGUAUGUGCUAAAGUUGGAGUCGUCUCCACAGUCAACAUGUUGGCCCGGUCAGACUCUGUACCUCAUGACCUCCGGCUUCUCAGAGAAACAGCGUUGGGUGGCCGUACUGGAAGCUAUCGUGGCGAGCAGCCGUGGCUCGAGAGAGAAAGCCGAAGCUGAUGCGAAAUUGUUGGGAAACUCUUUACUAAAGCUGGAGGGUGAUGACAGGUUGGAUAUUAACUGCACUCUACCCCUGACUGAUCAGAUCGUGUUGGUGGGCUCUGAAGAGGGUCUCUACGCCCUGAACGUGAUCAAAAACUCCCUCACUCACAUUCCUGGUCUGGGAUCCGUGUUCCAGAUCCACAUUAUCAAAGAACAUGAAAAGCUGCUAAUGAUCGUGGGAGAUGAACGGGCGUUGUGUUUGGUGGAGAUUAAGAAGGUGAAACAGUCUUUGUCUCAGUCUCACCUCCCCACACUGCCUGAGAUCAUGCCGUACAUCUUUGAGACAGUGAAGGGCUGUCAUCUGUUCGCCGCAGGCAGGAUAGAAAAUGGUCCGUGCAUUUGUGCAGCAAUGCCAAAUAAAGUCACGAUUCUACGCUACAAUGACAAUCUCAACAAAUUCUGCAUCCGUAAGGAGAUUGAAACACUGGAGCCGUGCAACUGCAUUCACUUCACGAGCUACAGCAUCAUCAUCGGUACCAAUAAAUUCUACGAGAUCGAGAUGAAGCAGUGCGUUCUGGAUGAGUUUCUGGACAAGAAUGACGUGUCGCUGGCGUCGGCUGUGUUCACUGGAUCCUCUCACAGUUUCCCCAUCGCCAUCGUCCAGGUGUCCAGCACUCCACAGAAGGAGGAAUAUCUGCUCUGCUUCCACGAGAUUGGAGUGUUUGUGGAUGGUUUCGGGCACCGAAGUCGCCCUGAUGACAUCAAGUGGAGUCGACUUCCUCUGACGUUUGCAUUCAGAGAGCCGUAUCUGUUCGUCACCUACUUUAAUUCACUGGACGUUAUUGAGAUUCAGGGACACGCAGCUCUUGGGCCUCCCGGUCUCGUACACCUGGACAUCCCUAACCCGCGGUACUUGGGUCCGGCUAUAUCGUCUGGUGCCAUCUACCUGGCCUCAUCGUACCAGAACAAACUGCGGGUGAUCUGCUGUAAGGGCAGUCUGGUGCGAGAGUCUGGAGAACUUCAGAGGACCGGCUCUAGCAGGAGCAGCCCAAACAAGUGCGGGCCCCCCACAUAUAACGAACACAUCUCCAAGCGCAUUACUUCAGGCCCCGGGGCCCAGGAGAGCCAGCUGCACCGGGAGCCCAGCACCCCUCACCGCUACCGCGAGGGCCGUACGGAGUUCCGGAGGGACAAAUCUCCCGCAAGGCCUCUGGACCGUGAGAAAUCUCCAGGCCGCGCUGUUCUAGACAGCCGCAGAGAGCGGUCACCCGGGCGCUUCGAGAGCAGCGGCAGCGAGAGAGACCGGGAGCGAUCACGCCUUCACACUAGCUCCGUACGCACUCAACUGACACCCGUCAACAAGGUUUGGGACCAAUCUUCGGUCUGAGAACGUUCCGGAGAGAUGCCGUAAAGAGCCAUCGUCCACUCCCUGCAUGGAUGGACAUGCCAUUUUAACAGGCGCUUCAUGUAACACUGAACUAUAUCAUCUCAUGCCUGUAACCGUGAAAAGAGCCAUGCAUUUCUCUUGCAGCCAUAUUAUAUUAUAUUAUACUUGAGUCUGGGAUAUUUUGCUAACGUUGUAAACUUGCUGUAACCAUUUACGAAGGUCGACUGUAAAGAAACUGGGAUUUGGAGAAAGAUUUAAAGGAAUGUUCCCGGCUUGAUAUAAGGUAAGCUCUAUCAACAGCAUUUGUGGCAUUAUGCCACACAUUACCACAGAAAAUAAUCUUGACUCGCCCCUCAUAAAAAACUAAAGAAGCAAGACCAUAAACAAAAAUUGACGAUUCUCUUGAUAUGGUGUCUCCAGUGUUUUUUAAUUCUCUGCCAUUGAUUUCCCAUUGAGACUACGAGGGGAAAAAGUCACCAAAAAGUGACUGAAACAGAAGCACAACUGAGAAUGCAACGUAUAGAGAAGUGAACAUUACUCACUCCGAAGGGUCAUUGUAGUGAGUACUCUAAAGGGAGCAGGAUUUUGCGGUCUCAUGAUUGGACAACCGACCAAGCAUAUGACCAGUAAAGUUGAUAGCUGUUGCGGUUAAGCUAGUUGUGGCGAGUAAUGCCUCAAAUAUUGCCUAUAUGCGUUUGAUUCAAAUGUAUUAAGUCAGGAAUAUUAUCCAUGUCUGCAGUACCCUUCAAAAGUUUGGAAACAUAAUGACAUUUUGUUUGCUUUAUUCAGCGAGGAUGCUUUCAGUUCAAAUCAAGAAUUACAGUAGACAUUUAUAAUGUCAAAAAUCCUCCACUUUAGGCCAGGCCUGUCCCCGAGCCAAAUCCGGCCCGUUUGAAAUUUUCAGUGGCCCACUUGAGGAUGUCAGUUGUCUUAGAGGACGUUCACACUGAACGUUUUUUCAAUUGUUUUCCUAUGUAGAGUUGCACUAGGCAGACAGCAUGAAAUUGAUGCUUUUAGAGGUUGCGCUACAAAUGGUAAAUGUUCUGCACUUAUAUAGCGCCUGUCCCAUUCACCCAUACGUUCACAAUCAUACACCAUGCAAGGCGCUAGCCUGCCAUUGGGAGCAACUUGGGGUUCAGUGUCUUGCCCAAGGACACUUCGGCAUGUGGAGUCGUGUGGGCCGGGAAUUGAACCGCCAACCUAGCGAUUAGCGACCUACCCGCUCUACCACCAGAUUGUCAGAUUUACUCUCUGAUUGAUUUAAUUCGUCUCAAGAGAUGUUUCGUUUAUAUAGCGAACAAAUAUUGCACAUUACACACAAUACCUGUAGGGAGAAGCCUUUCGAUAACAAAUUAUUCUGGCUUUGUCGAUGAAUCUUUGAAGUUGAAUAGCCCUACCCAUGAAUUCGGCAGCAAUUUCCAAAGGUGUAUUUGGAAAAUCCAUGAGAAGUGCCCUACAUGCCAAAGCAAGCAAUUUGAUCCAUCCAUAAUACUCAUUUCUAAUCAUUUACUGCUCAACCUUUGAAGUUAUUUUGCAUAAUCUAUUAGCCCGCAUCCAUAUCACACUGUAGCUCAAGACCGGUUGUCCACUAUAGCCAAGCAGGGUUGAGACUGGCCAGUACCAGGAUGGGAGACCUCCUGGGGAAAACUAAGGUUGCUGCAGGAAGAGGCAUAAGGGAGGCCAGUAGGGGGUGCUCACCCUGUGGUCUGUGCGGGUCCUAAUGACCCAGAAUAGUGACGGGGACACUAUACUCUAAAAAAGCACUGUCCUUCAAAUGAGAUGUUAAACCGAGGUCCUGACUCUCUGUGGUCAUUAAAAAUCACAUUGCCCCCAUUGGCCCUUCUCAAUCAUGGCCUCCUCAUAAUCUCCAGCCAUUAAUUGGCCCUACACUCUAAUCUCCACCAAUAGCUGGUGUGUGGUGAGUGUUCUGGCACACUAUGGCUGCCGUCCCAUCAUCCAGGUGGAUGCUGCACACUGGUGGUGGUUGAGGAGAUUCCCGUUCACUAUGUAAAAUGCCUUGAGUGUAGUGCCUAUAUAAAUGUAACAUUCAUUCAUUCAAUUUAAAGUGAAAAGCAGAUUUGUAUAAUUCCAGAAGGUUGGUAUAUUAUUAAAUUAGUAUAUAAUUUAAUAAUAUAAACGGUAGUGAAGUGUAAAAUAUACAGGCAUCAAAUUACAUCCCUGAAACAUUCAUUGUAGUUUCAGCAACCACAGCUGCUGGUUUAAAUUUAACAAAUUAAUUUUUUUGCACAGUGCACUGUAGUAACUUCAAAAGGCCACGUGAUGACGUUCACCAAGCGUGUUCCUUCCAGGAGCAAUAAUUGAUACUCAUGUAGAGACACAAAAACACCAGCUGGGACAUCCCAAUAUUGAUAACUGAUAUAAGAAGAAACGUAACUAUUCCCAUAAAAUAUAAUGAAAUGUGAUGGGACACACAUAGGUGUGGGAACGCUCAAUGGUUUUUCACCAUAAUUUAAACAAUAGCUUACCAUAAAAAGUAUUUUUUGUUUUUACUGUUAAUUAGAUGGUGACAUCAUAGUUUCAUGUAUCAUGUUAUCAUGUUUUCUGUACAUUUGAAGGACCUGUUAUCCAAUGAACAUUCUUUUACCAUUUAAAUUACGGACAUUUUUACAGUGUAUCCUCUUGUUUGCCAGUUUUAGGUGUGACUAAAUCUGCCUAAAUUGCCAACAUCCCAGAGUCUUCUCUUCACUGUUGCAGAUGAAACUGGUGUUUGUUGUGCUGUUACCAGUUUAGGACCUGUGAGGAGUCCGUUUCUCAAACUAGAGACUCUUGAUGUACUUGUCUUGUAGUUGUGCAUCUGAAUCGUCCACUUCUCUUUCCACCCUGGUUAAAUACAGCAUGAUUAUAUCUGUUAAAUCAGAACGGCAUGGCAUAACCUUCAUCUCUAGAAAGAACAAUAGACCAUUGCAUUUCUAGAGGCUUGUUUCUUUUGGCCAUUUUUAAAACCAAAAUUUUACUCGCAAGGGUAAAGUGACUUGCACGUGUACUUAAUCAUACUUCAUUAAGUAGCACGAUUGUUUUCAACUGUUCUAACAACACACACAACAAAAAUGUUUCUUGAGUACCAAAUCAUUUCUUAAGAAUUACACAUUAAAAAUGAGGCUGUGACAUCACAGGUAAAAAUGAGGUUGUGACAUCACAGGUAAAAAUGAGGCUGUGACAUCACAGGUUAAAAUGAGGCUGUGACAUCACAGGUUAAAAUGAGGUUGUGACAUCACAGGUAAAAAUGGGAUUCUAACACAUCUGAGGUGACGAGAAGCAUCGAUUACUUUAAAAGAACAAAAAUGUCUUCAUGUUUCCAAACUUUUGAAGAGCAGAUGAGGGUUUUAAAAUCCAUUAACCCUUUGAUCUCGGAGGGCGUUUUUAAAGAUUUCCUGUUUCAGUGGCAUACCCAAAAUGAACUUGACAAAAACAAAGAGGGUCGAGUGUUUGGCAUCAGUGUAAAGAAAACUUUCCAAUUUGUUUAAUGAUGUCAAUUGUGAUACAUUCUGAGAAUCUCAGCCUAAGAAAAAUAGCCAAAGAUUUACUUUUCCCCCCCUUAUUUUUCCAAUUUCACAUUAUAUAUCUCAGGGUGUAAAUAUGGUGGCUCUGAAAAACUUUUUUUGGGUUCCCAAAAACAGGCCCAGCCAAGCUUAAAGGGUUAACAUAUUUAAAAUGACCUCAGGAUGAACUGCGAGAACGCAUCACCCGUUCUCACGCGAUUAUAAACGGCUAAAUGACUUCUUCGAAGUGACCAUCGCAUGUACCCUUCGAUAACAUCCUUGUGGAAGGGCUCUUCGUGAAAGGGUCCAGCGUCCCACUAUCGUUUAAAUCAGGGGUGGGGAACGUCAGGCCUCAGGGCCGUAUAAGGCCCGCGAGACCAUUUUACCCGGCCCGCAAGGCCAUUUGAGAAAUAAUUUGAAAAGCAAAAAAUGACCUUGAUUCAAUUAACCUGAAAAAAAACGAAAGUUUAAAAAUAACAACACAAAAUAUUGUAUAAUAGACAGACCAUUUAGUGUUUGUGUGAGCAUGUAACAAAAUGCAUACAUUCAUUUCAACCCACAAUCAGAAAUUGCAAGUAAUUGUAGGGCCCGUGAAUAACUUCGUAAAUACUCAAAUGGCCCUUAAUGGAGAAAAGGUUCCCCACCCCUGGUUUAAAACAACCCUUUGAUCAGUUCCUUCAAUGACCCCCCAAAAAACGUACGUUACUUUAUAAAUUGGUCUCGAACAGUUUGCGUUCAUGCACUUUUAUAGAGUAUGUUUCGGACUUAAUGCGCUUACAACAGAGGUAAAGGGCACCAUGAUAUGCUCAUAUUUGUUUUAUUGGAACAAAUGAAUUCUUGUGUAUUAUUUGAGCUGUAACAUCGUCUAAAUUGUAAUUUUGGCAGGACUUGAUUCCAUAGCGGAUUUGUACAAAAGUUGAGUUGAGAACAAAUAUGUUGAAACAGUGUGUAUUUAAGCGUUUAUUAUUUUCUGUGGUAAAAGGCCUCAUAAACGCUGUAGAUAACGCAUGUAGAUAUUGCUGUAGAACCCGGAACAUUCCUUUAACGCUAAAACAAUUAGCACACCGAUAUUGUAAAUAUGGUUUCAACUUUUAUAGCUAAAAGGAACUUGAUUGAAGUUAAGUCUAUUUUUGAUGCCAUUAAACUGUUUGUACACACAGUUCAAAUGAAAGGUACAGAAAAGGCUGUAUUUCCAUGUUGUAUGUUACUGUGGUAAACACGGUCAAUUUGGCUGCUCUAAAAUUCAUCAUUAAGUUUUGUCCAGCUUAUUCAUAUGAUUUAUUUUCUAUGAUGCAUUUGACUGACACGAUAUUAAUGCACAUUGUAUAUUUUUAUGCUGAGAGUCUGAGCCUGUACAUCUUUUUAAAGAGAUACGUCAUGUUCUCGCUACAAGUGUCCUUGUGAUGUUCAAGUGAACUUAUCGUAUUUUGUUGAAAAUAUCAAAGCUUUUGUCUACACACUCGCAAGCAGCAGGAAGUCCACGGGGCUCUUCUGGAAAUUUCUACAGCUUAAUGUACAGAUGUCCUGUUCAACUGUGGAGGUGAAAAUGUCCAGUAGCCCUCAGAGUUUGUAGAAAUCCUUCGUUGUUUCCUUGUGGAAUAUCAAACACUGCUCAAUUAGAGGCUUUAUUUAUUUAUUUAAUUAUGAGCACAUGGGUAAUUGUAAGCAAACGGCCGAGUCAUCAUAAACGCAUGAGUACAUUUUCACCUGGUUUUGGGACUUCCUGUCAUGUAAUACCUUAAUAUUAAUAAUUGAUGUUUUUAAACUAACAAGGCUCCUUGCCUUGAACUUUCAUUUUGUAAAGAAUUUGAACUGUAAUAAACAAUAUUAAAGUGCGAGCCAUACACAGUAUCUCUUGCUUGGAGUAAUUCUUUUAGUCAUGUGUCAAAAUCACUAAAGGUACAAUUUCCGCAGGUGUCCCAUGUGUUUGUAAUUAUGCCA